UCCGUUCCCCUGAGUUAUUGUGCUGUGGUCAGUCCUGUAACGCCGCUGUGGGAGUUUCCAGCUCACCCAACGCCAAUAUCUAGGAAGGGAAACGUGACUGGUUACGUAACGUGCCAAGGGGGUAAUUUGCACCACCGGUUGUUGCUGGGCGUCUGAAGAGCAGCUAACAGUCACUCUGGCUUCCAGCUGCUUUGGUAGUUAUUAUUUGAAAACGACGACAACAUAGCACAUUCCCGGCAGACGUUUCGCAUUCAAUGUUUCAAGACAGCGUCGAGCUGACGGUGACAAUAGUCUUGACACAGGUGGGAAGGCGGAGAGAGGCCAUAGGCAGACCCUGAUCAUGGCUGCAGUCCGUCACCAAGGGUACCCUCUCAGGGACUCCCUUUACUGGGAUGAAACGGAGUGUCUAAACUACUAUGGGACGCUGUCUCUCCAUGAGGUCUUUGAAAUAGUUGGUUCUCAGCUGACAGAGACUGACAUUGAAGUGUUGUCAUUCCUUCUGAAUGAAACCUGUUCUGCAAUACACCCUCUUGAUCCAGCAGGCUGGACAGUUGAGCCACACGAGGGUGAUUCAGAUGACAUAGGAGUGUCUCCGAGUCCUGAACUGCUAAAGGCCUGGAGGCGUUUAAAGCCUAAGGCCUCCCAGCAUCCUUUAGUGGCCUCAUAUAAGCCCAAGAGUGGCCUUGAGCUGUUGCUAGAGCUAGAGAGACGAGGAUACCUCAGCGAUGGCAACCUGGAGCCGCUACUACAACUACUAAGAGUCCUCACUCGUCAUGAUUUGCUGCCUUUAGUGUCCCACAAGAAAAGGAGGACAGUAUCUCCAGAGAGAGCUGGACAGAGGUAUGGAACAGAGAACAGAGAGUUGAUGUGCGUCUCUGGAAUGCGACACAGCUGUAGACAGACAGAAUUACCUCUUCCAUCUUUCACACAACAAUUCAGAACCGGUAUUUACCCUCCUAUGCCUGCGCCAUCUGCUAGGAGGAGGAGGAAGAAGAGGGGAAAUGGUUGGAGCCGUAGGCCCAAGAAAACAAGCAGACAGGGCCAGCAACUGCCUCCACCACCACCACCACCACCGCCACAACACAAAGUGUCCUGUGAUAUCCGCCUGCGUGUCCGGGCUGAAUACCUUGAGCACGAGUCGGCACUCCGCGACGGUGUCUCCUCGGACAAGCGCCAGCCGCUGGAGCGGCAGUUUGAGUUGUUCAGCCAAGCCAACUCGCUGCUGCGUGCCAGAGACCUGGGUUCCAUCGUCUGCGACAUCAAGUUCACAGAACUGGACAACCUUGAAGCCUUCUGGGCUGACUACCUAAGUGGAGCUCUGCUGGAGGCCCUGAAGGGAGUCUUCAUCACGGACUCCCUGAGGAUGGCAGCAGGCACGGAGGGCGUCCGUCUGCUGAUCAGUGUGGACCAGGAUGACUAUGAGGAGGGCCGAAGGCUGCUGAGAGCCAGGAGAGUGCUGUCAUCCAGUAAUGGUGGGCGCACAGGGACUCACUGGGCUGUGUAGGCCGAUAUGACUCUGUGGGGUGCAUCAUAUUGACUUUGAAGAAUGGAAGUUAAGGUUACAGGCAAAUUCGGAAGCAUUUUUAAGGCCUCCUUUUGUACUUGCAAUCCAUGCAAUAACCACUAGAUGGCAGCACUUACCAUUGGUUUGUUUUCAUGACAAGCUCUUCAUUUUCAGAAUAGCCAAUUUUUUUUGUUGAAACAUUACCAAUAUUUGUUAAAAGGAGAGUUAAUAAUCAUGGAUCAAUCUGCUUUUCCCUUGGAUUCAUGCACAGGUGCUACUUUGUAGGACUCCAGGAUGAAACGGGAUAUAUCAAGAAUUUUCUUCUUAGUCUCAGUGAGAACAGGAGCAAGCAAGUCUGUGCCACAAGACCAAGUGGUAAGCUCCUCCUAACAUAAUAAAUAUCAUUUAUAAAUAAAGCUAAGACACCUGGGCUGCCACAAGUAAUACAAAAUACUACACUGACACAGUCACGUGUGCAUGGUCAAGGUUAAGACAGCACACACACACACAAACAUUCUUGAGUAUUUAUUGCACAUUUUGUCCAUAUGUAUUCUUAGACAGUGGGCAUUCCAACAUGGCUCUUGAAAUUUUUAAAAAUACAAACUGACCACUGUACCCAACAAAUCAUACUUAGACAACAUUUUGGACUUGGCACUGACACUAAUCUUAUUAAACCUCAAGAAUGAAGUAACCUGCCAGGGAAAGUUUCCGAUCUUUGAAAAAUGUGUGAGAGAACUGAUCCUAAAUGGAAAAGUGGGCUGCUCUCUGCACAAACUGACCUUUGGUCAAACUUUGGAGAGCCUAGUCCACAAAUAUACACCUAGAUAACAACCACAAAGAUUCUCAGCCCUGUGUACCACGAUAACCCAACUUGUGAUUGCCGUGGUCAGUGGAUAUGGCAGUUGCCAGCAGAUGACAGCAGUGAUUAGGGCUAGGCCUCAGCAGACCAUGGAGGAUUCAUCAUCACAAGCUUGUCAACAGCAGCUUGGAUAAUGCAGUGGUGGCUUGUGUCCGGGCUUCCAGCGAGGCCUCAGCAAGUGCUUCUCUCAGCAAGUAAAGCACAGGACAGUGCGUCGGUCAAUAGAAGUGAUGUUGGGGAGAUCAAAAUCAAAAGUGCACAUCCCAGCUCCACUCAGCCCUGCUAUGUAGGCCCAGUAGAGUGGCUCACGGACAGCUGUCUACUCACCCUGCUGGAACUAAUGCCUGGACUUCACUCAUAGAAGACGAUCAAUAAGGCCCCUCACUCUAAGUCCCUUCAUACAGGCACAACUAAAGCAGACAGAUUUGCUACUGUCUGAAGUGAGGGCCCUGCUGGGCCGGGCAGAGGGAGGGACGAUGGACAUAUUUCCAUGUUUACUUUUGUGUUUUUGGUAAAUGAAUUUAUUAACAUGUUUGUAUUGUUCAUAGGAAGAACAAAAAUAAUGUAAUUCAGGAGAACAUUUGUUAAGAAAAUUUUCUUUUGGAAUAGCAAUUUUUUUUUGUGGAAAUCUUUGUAUGUUAGAAAUUAUUUCUGGUGAAUAAUAAAGGUUUGGUGGCCUACAGCUGUUUGUUCACCUUUAU